GAAAUUGUAUCGUUGGUCUCUGCAGACAAUUGAUCUGUUAUGAGGAAACAAUGAUGAAGGUGAUGCUGGGUUACAAGCUGCCAUGACAGACAGAGCUCCAGCAACGAGGGAGUGGCGGGUGAGAUGGCAGCGGGGGACGCAUAAGAGGAAGGAUUAGUUUCACAAGACGGAUGUCGGAAGGAAAUUAAAGGAAAUUUCCUCACUUAACGGAUGAAAUAAGGAUGGGGACUUUUGUGACCCUGGCAGAGGUGCUAGAGUCCAGAGGUUCACCACUAGAUGAGGAUGAGAUCUGGACUCUGCUGCUUGUCACUUCUGAGGCCUUACAGGAUGUUUCCAAGAAAGGUUCUGGCACCAUAUGCAGUAUUCUAAGCCCAGGCUCGGUGCUACUGUCCUCUAAUGGGAGCCUUGCCUUUAAGAGCUGUGGACGAUAUGAUGAUGUGGCCUCCUUUGUGGCUCCUGAAGUCCUUCAGGGGCAUACCUCCUCAACAAGGAACACAGCUGAAAAGACACUCGUAUACUCACUUGGCAUGACUUUUUAUUGGUGCGUGGAUUAUCAUCUACCUCAAAACCAGCCGGUCCAUCUCAGUGCAGAGUUAGAGGGUUUACUCCUGAGCAUGUGUGAGGACACAGUGGUCAGACGGAUGGACCUGCUGACGGUGCUAGAGACCUGCGCACACCACCACAAGACCUUCCUGCUGCCUCCAGCUGAACGGCUUGUCAGACAGCUGGUAGAAGACAUCUACAGAAACUCGGUUGAUGCUAAUGUUACGACAGACAAUGGAUCCUUGCUGACUGAUCGCAGUCAGAUGGUUAGAGACAAGCUACACAGGCAGUCUUUUUCUAACUCGCCAGGGGUAAGGAAAAACAAGAUCUCCAGAACUUUUUCAGGAGCAUCUUAUCCACCUGAGCCCACAAGUGAAAGAAUGAUGAACUCAAUCCCCCCAAUGAUUACCUCGGGGCGUCGACACACGGAGAGUAUCGGGAGCUGGCAUCAGUUGAAUAGGACUGCCUGUAGUCCAUACAUGGAUGGUGGUCGACAUUCUAACUCCAGAUUUCUCUCACAGUUUGAAUCCUCCAUGAGUUUGAGUGAGAGAAAAAAUAAGGAGAUGGGUCCAGAGUUCCUAAGAAUGUCAGAUGAACCGGUAGUUGUCUUGGAGCUCCCGGGAUCCAUUGUGUCAAAAAAAGUUAAAUCUCCCAUCACGCAAAGAGAGCUGACUGUUGUGAUGCCCAAUGGUCAAAACAUAGUCAUCAAAUGUGAUGUGAAAUCCAGAGGAGGGGAUGUGUUUGACAUGAUUGCUGCUCACGCCAACCUGGUGGAACACUUCUACUUCGGACUCGCUUACAUCGAUGAUAACGAGUUUUUCUUUGUGGACAACGACUGCAAGAUCUCCAAAGUUGCUCCAGAUAGCUGGAAGAAAGUGCCUACAACCACAUUUGUCCUUUUCUUCAGGGUCAAAUUCUUUGUAAAUGACAUUUCUAUCAUUUUGCACAAACAGACCCACCACCAGUACUACCUCCAACUCAGAAAAGACCUCUUGGAGGACAGAUUGUCCUGCCACGAGGAGACUGCACUAUACCUCGGAGCAUUGGCCUUGCAGACAGAGUAUGGGGACUGCAUGCCUGAGGUGUAUGGUAGAAACUACUGUCGCCCUGAUCAAUAUGUCCCCAAAAGUGUGAUGGAAAAACGUGCUUUGCCUUAUAUCCUUGGAGAGCUGCAACGACUUCAUACCAACAACGGCCAAAUGCUCACAGAUGAAUCAGAACUUGAGUUCCUCAAGGUUUGUCUGCAGUUGCCUGAAUAUGGUGUCUUGUUUCACCGUGUGACACGCGAAAAAAAGCCUGUAGAAGGAGAAAUUAUACUUGGAGUUUGUGCCAAAGGAGUUGCUGUCUAUGAAGUGAAAAAUGGCUGCCGUUGCACGAGUCAGACUUUCUACUGGAGGGAGACAGCCACUAUUUCCUCCAAUAGACGGAAAUUUGUCAUAGAGUGUCGGGCUAGUAAGAAGAAGAACACCUUCAUCACAGAGACGUCAAAGGUAGCCAAAUACCUGUGUAACCUCUGUUCAUCCCAGCACAAGUUCAACAAUGAAAUGAAUUCUCGUCAGCUCAGCCACAGCAUGGCCUCAGAUGAGAACAUCCCUCAUUACGCAACAACUUGCCGGACACAAAGCAGUCGGAUCAAGUCCAUCAUAGGUUCUGAGACACCACAAGACGACAGUGGUCUGACCACUCCUCAAAAUGAGUCCCUGACGAGGUUUUGUGAGGACGUCGCUGCAAGGAUCGAAGCCCGCUUUAAAGAGCAGCGCCAGAGCCUUUAUGAACAAAACACCUGCUCCAGUAGUCAGCGCAGCAGCACUGGCAUGCGUUCACCGGCCUGUUCUCAGAGAAGUGGAUCCGAAGCCCCCUUUAACUGCCCAGCAGCCAGAGAAACGCUAACUAAACAGGGGUCAUCAUCAGAAAGAGAAGUUAUAUGCAUCUCUCUGAAGAAAGACCCAAAGCUUGGGCUGGGUAUAGUGAUAGUGGGAGAGGACACAGUGGGGCGUUACGACCUGGGCAUUUUCAUUGCAUCUGUGUUACCCGGGGGACCCGCUGAUAAGGACGGACAUAUACGGCCAGGUGGUCGCCUGAUCUCUCUGAACCACAUCAGCUUGGAGGGCGCCACCUUCAGCGAGGCAGCGGAGGUCAUGCAGAGCAGCCCGGAGGAGGUGCAGCUCAUUAUCUCGCAGCCAAAAGUACCCCAAACUCCAAACACUGCACGGCCUUCUGCAUUGAGGAACUACGAGUCACAAAGCACACUGAUGGCAUUCGGACAAUCGGGGGAGGACAGCCUGGAUGAGAUCGUCUCGGUCAUGAUGGAGCCAAAGACCAGCAAUAGGCUACACAUCCCCCAAGAAGUCCGUGUUCUUAACGCGCAGGAUGGAUGCAUGCUUUCUUCCUCUAUGAACUGCGAGAGGCCAGAGGAGAUCACUGUGAAGCUCAAGAAACUAUCAGGAAGUCUGGGAAUCAGCAUUACUGGUGGUGGCAACGCUGGCCAUCCUAAUGGGGGAAUGUACAUCAAGAACCUCAUUCCAGGAGGGUCUGCUGAGAAGGACGGACGCAUACAUGCAGGUGACAGGCUUUUAGAAGUUGAUGGGAUCCGUUUUCAGAGCAUCACACACGAGCAAGCGGUGGAGUGUCUGAGGAAAACCAGGGAGGUGGUGACUUUGGUUGUGGAGAGGGGGCCCAUGACGUUCCCCAGGGGGUCUCUGGGUGCCUACACUGACACCAGCAGUGUGUCCACUCACAACAUUGAUACCAGGCAGCAGAGGAUCAACAGCUUCUCGUCUAUCAACAACCCUUCACAUGCUUUCUGUGAGCAGCCCAGCAACUACAAUUUUGUCACUGAUGACAACACACAGGAAGUGACCUUGACUAAGAGCGCCAACGGUCUGGGCUUUAGCUUCGUUAUGUGUGAGCUGGACCCGCCCAUUCCGGACUUUGGCAGUCUGAUCCGGAUAAAGCAGCUUUUCCCCGACCAGCCGGCCCAGUUGAGUGGCAGGAUCGAUGAGGGAGAUGUACUCUUGGCAAUCGACGGCCAGUCGCUCAAAGACUUGUCUUAUCCGAAAGUGCUAAAGCUGUUCAAAACGUCCCAACCUGAGGUCCGGCUGACGUUAUGUCGGCCUUCACCAGGGACCCUUCCCUCCAUCCAUCAGCUCACAGGAACAUGAGCAAUACAAGACGACAUUCGGAGGCAGGGCUUUGCUUCCUGGCAACACACGGCAUGCUAACAGGGAUACAAAGACCCGUCUGCUAAAUGACAGCAGUGUACUAAAAAACUAAGAUGAAUCUGUGACUGCUGCAGACAUACAAUUAUUGGCGGGUUUGUGGAAAGAAGAAUUCAGGAAACCAGAAUACACACAACAGGACAAGAGGACCAAACUAUAUCGGACAGCCUGUGUGUAUUUAUCAUUACAUUAAACACCUGUUCACAGGUUUUGUUUGAGGACGCAACAAUUUACUCACCGAAAUAAAAGUGCCUAAAAUGAGUCUGACCUCAGUGUGGAUGACUAAAAGAAACUUUGGUUAAAUAUCAAGGACAAAAGAGACACUAGCACACACCUCCUUGGGUGAAGAGGAGCCACUAAUAGUUCCUUGAAUGAGGGUCCAUGUAUUUCGGUGAAACCCAGUAGUGCAUCUGGAUCCCAUCAGAACUUGUGCUCCCUUUGCAAAUGAUCCCAAAUGUUUCUAAUUAUGCCAGCGGAGACGGCCCAAGGCUGUGUGUGUGUGUGUGUGUGUGUGUGUGUGUGUGUGUGUGUGUGUGUGUGUGUGUGUGUGUGUGUGUGUGUGUGUGUGUGUGUGUGUGUGUGUGUGUGUGUGUGAGUGUGUGU